AUGGAGCAGAGACCUCCCAGUGUUUCCCAGGUGGCCUGGGUGAAGGAGGAGGAGGAGGAAGGCCCUGGUGUUGCCCCGGCAGAGCAGCCUGAAGAGGUGGAGCAGCCCCAGCCCCAGCAGGAGGAUCCAGGCCAGGAGAGCUGUGCAGACACCGACAGUAGGCCUGCUCAGAGCAGGAAUGAUGGUCCCCCUCCAGAGGUUUCUGAGGAGAACGGUGUCUCUGAUGCAAAGCAAGCAACCAGGGUGAUCUGGGAGAUUCUGCAGAUGUUCCGGUUCACGGAGUCAUUGACAGAGUACUCCCCCCAUCUCCUCGUGGCUCUGCUCUUCCAAGUUCUCAUCAGCACAGAGCAGACGCCAGAGGAGGUCGACACCUUCUGGAGGGGAUGCUGGCAGCAACACGAUCUUCCCACUGAGCCCAACAGGUUUGCAGUGCUGACCGUGAAGGCUCUGCUUUGCCACCUGGAGUGUGAGGAAGUUGUGGUUUCAAUGGAACGCAAGCGCGGCUGGGACACGCUCCUCAGCCCUGACACCCACCACUACGCAGUGGGUCUGCUGGCCAGGGAGAUGCACGGUGUCUCCAGCCCCUUGUGUUCCCGCAUCACACUCCACCUGCUGGAGCUGCUGAGCAGGGAGGAGCCCCACUUGGAGCUCCUCACCAUGGCAUUCCUUGUGGAGGUCCUGGACGGGCUGGACAUGAGUGACUGGGGAGGCAGCAUUCUGCAGAGCCUUUCAAGGCACCUCAGGAGCGAGUGCCCAGAGAGGCGUCGCCUGGCGCUCCGAGGCGUCCUGGUGCUCAGCCAGGAUCCCGUGAUGGCUGAUGGUGUGCAGAGCCUGACACAGAGCCUCCUGGAGCUACUGUGGGAUGCAGACGGAGAGCUGACCUGGAUGGUCCUCUCUGUAUUCAUCAAUGAAGUCCAGGACAGAGGCAUCCCAAUCUCCACCCCCACUGCCCUGGAUCUGGCUGAGGCACUCCAGACACUCUUUGGCUACGACAACAUCCACGUGCAGCUGCUCUCCAUUCACCUCUUCCGAAGGGUGUUGAAGUUGGUAGUGGAGGAGGGAAAACAACCCCUGCAGACGCACGUGAUCCAGAGCCUGCUGCCACUCUUCUUCCUCUCGCAUGAUGAGAACGAGCGCCUGGCAGAUGUGAGGACUUUCUGGACUCUGGUGUCCCCGUGGGAGGGGGCCAGGCUGCCUCCUGCCCUGGCACCUCCUGGGCCCCAGCCUCCUCCUGGUCUUGGGAUCGCCGCCAAGUACCUGAGAAAGGGGCAGGAGGAGGACGAGCUCAUCACAGAGGUCAUCACUGACACCAUUCAAGGCAUGACUGCUGACAGCCCUGCCAUCUCAAAGCGGGCAGCUGAAACCUUGAAAAUCAUCAAGGAUGUCCACAAAUCUAAACCUAAACCAACACCGAAAUCUAAAUCCACCAGGUUCCGGUAG